UUACUCUGAUCAGAUAAUGGUAUAGUUGAUGUAGUAUUUAAAUAUUCAGAGUUGUCAGGUAAUAAUGCAAGACAGAGCAUAUAAUGUGUUAUGUGUAGUAGAAAUAACAUUUUGGAGACUAAAGUCUAGCGUUAUUAGAUUUCUAGGCUUUCACACUGCUCCUAAGAGAUUAUUUUGAAUAUUCAGGAAGAAAGAACUUUUUACAGACAGGUUAAAGAAAUGGUAAUAUGAAUUUAAUGGGGGGGGCGGGGAGAGAUUCUUAGGAAGGAAGAAGAGCCCAUGUAUUACUCAAGCCAAAUUUAUUAAAGCUAUAUUUGAAGCUAGACUUUAUGAUUCUAAACAUAAAUAGUUACCUUCACAAUAUUUUCUCAGGUACCCUUCUAUUGCCUAUCUUUUUUUUCUUUUGUUGUGACUACUUUUUAAAAAAUAUUUCACUGCCAUUAUAUUUUCUGUGAUUAGUUAUGUGAGAUCUUAUUAAAAAGAAUUAGCACAAAGAGAAGCAUUGGAAUAAAAAAGAGCUAGAAGAAAAUGGUACCAAGUGAAAUGCUUUUAUUAUUCUACAGUCAUAAUUCAUAACAAUGGAGGAAGUGGAUUUGAUAGAAUCCAGAAUAUAGUACUUGUUUCAAGAGCUAAGCAUAUAUAAUUUUGAAGUUAAUAAUGCUCUUAGCACACAAUUUUUAUUUUAUUUAACUUUUUAUUAUGGAGAAUUUCAGAUAUACAUGCAAGAGAAGAAUAAAAUAAUGAAACCUCCAGGAGGAAGAUAUCAACUAGAGAUAAAGAUACCUGAAACAUAUCCAUUUAAUCCUCCUAAGGUCCGGUUUAUCACUAAAAUAUGGCAUCCUAAUAUUAGUUCCGUCACAGGGGCUAUUUGUUUGGAUAUCCUGAAAGAUCAAUGGGCGGCAGCAAUGACUCUCCGCACGGUGUUAUUGUCAUUGCAAGCCCUAUUGGCAGCUGCAGAACCAGAUGAUCCACAAGAUGCAGUAGUAGCAAAUCAGUACAAACAAAAUCCCGAAAUGUUCAAACAGACAGCUCGACUUUGGGCACAUGUGUAUGCUGGAGCACCAGUUUCUAGUCCAGAAUACACCAAAAAAAUAGAAAACCUAUGUGCUAUGGGCUUUGAUAGGAAUGCAGUAAUAGUGGCCUUGUCUUCAAAAUCAUGGGAUGUAGAGACUGCAACAGAAUUGCUUCUGAGUAACUGAGGCAUAAAAAGAGAGCUGCUGAUAUAGUCAAGCUUGCCUCUUCUUGAGGAGCACCAACAUCUGUUAUUUUUAGGAUUCUGCAUAAAUUUCUUUUAAACUGGCAUUCUUGCCUAACAAUGUUAUCUAGCCACCAUUGGAGACUGAAAAGAAAAAUCCCUGCUCUGUAAAUAAAGCUAAUUAAACGUCUGUGUAAAUUUAAAAAGGGGAAAUACUUUAAUUUUUUUUCUUACUUGAUAGUGUAAAAAUUCUUUGAGCUAAGCUAAAACCAUGGAAAAACAUGCUACUUUAAUGUUUAACAGUGUACCAAGACUAGCAAGAGUUUGCUUCAGGAUUUUGUUGAAUAAUUAAGAUAAUAUUUUGAGUGUGGCAGGGCCAUUCAAAUUGUUGGUGUUGCAUCACAGCUACCUUAACUGUUUUUAACAUGGAUCCUUUGUGCCUGUGAAUUUACUUGCAUGCUUGUACUUGACUUCUUAGGAUGGGUAGCUGAAAAGACCACCAUUUUAAGCAUUUGAGAAUUCUUGAAUAUGAAAUUUAUCCAGAAUUGAAGAUGGUGACCUAUUCAGAGCCUUUUCGUCCUUGUCAAUAGACUGGGACACCUUAUCUGUUUUUCCCCCCCUUACCGCACACAGCUGAUACUCUAAUGGUAAAUUUCUUUGUAUUUGGUAGGGAAACGUGCCGAGGGACAGUAUCCCUUGCUCCAUUUUUAGGUCAUAGGUUUGAAAUGUUUUGUCACAGUUUUUCAAACACUCUUAGAAGUUUUCCUUAUGUAAGUAAUAAUCAUGUAAAAAUGGAGCUGCCAAUUUUAUUUCUCUUGCAAGAACAGUAAAUAGUUGAUGUUUUGCUAUAACCAAACUUACUGAAAGAACCCAACUUAGUUUUUCAGUGAAUUUGACAUUUUUAAACUGAUGAAAUUUUUCUUUGAGAACUGAUAAGGAUACAAUCAACUGUUUCCAGUCGUGUUUAGCCUAAUUUUGGGCUUUGUAGGGAUUGCUUUGUUGGAUACUUUAAGAGUCACUCUGGCUUGCACUUCCCUGUAUUGACACAUGAAAGCUGUGUUGGUGUUUUACUGUACAUACUUCAAAUGCACAUAGGAAUAGAAGUGUGUUAUAAAUUUAGCUUUCUUUAUGAUGUUUCUGAUAAUAUGAGAAUUGAAAACUUUACCUUCUCUUGUACAUAGUCAGACUUUCUAUUUGUAUUAAAGUUACAUUUCAUUCUAAGUUCAUAAGUUUGAAAAUUACUAGUUUGCAAGCUCAAACACUAAUGUGACCAUUUUAUGAAGGUUGAAGUGGAUUUAUGCAGGCAGUUCUAUACUAUACAUAGAAAUACAAUUCUUUUUACAUUUUCAGGACCAAUGCAAAAUAAAAAUGUAAUGGAAUCAGACUGAAUUAAAGUAAGGCUGUAUAUUGAAAGUCAU